GUCUUGUGCAGCCGGAGCGGGGGAGUUCUGCUUCUCCUCGUCGCCGGCGACGUGAGGCCGAACCGGGCUGAGUUUCUCCGGCAAGCCGGGGAUGUAGGCGGUCUUGGUGAAGUGCUGGUACCAUUUAUCCGCGUUACGCGCGAACGUCUGCGGGUAGACGACGUACUUUUUCCGCUCGAUGCGAGUGAGGAGCCGGAGUUUAUCCUGCACCGGGAACGCUUUUAUCCGCUCGACUUGUUCUUCUGUCUGACGCGCCCGCGCCGAUUUGCUUUUGGCCGUGAGAGAGGGCUUAAUGGGCGGAUAGAUGGCCUCCUUCUCCACCGUUGCCGCGGCCUCCGUGUGGACAAGCUUGUGGUUUGGAAGCAAGUUCUGCGGGAAGCGAAAGGGCAGCCGUGUGCGGGCCGCCAUGUUUUUACUUCUUGUUCUAUGUUUCCAACUCACACCAAACGGGCACUGUACACAACAGCGCCCUCUAAUACACGUGAAAUAAUAAUAAAUACAUCUCUUUAUGAGCAUAUAACUUCAGUUAAAUGUCAACUCAUUCACAAUUAGAUUUUCUCAAUAUUUGCAUGGAUCGUAUCACUUAUUGUACAUCUUAUUGGUUAACAUCGACGAAUUCCAUGGAUGAUCUUGAAUGCAAAGCAAUGCUGGAAAUGCUGCGUUUUGUAAAACCAAAUGUCGUAUUUUUAGACUUUAAGAGACAUUAAGAUCUCCCACACCUUGAUUGUUUUCCACAAAAAUAUUACUGUAUUCUCAUCCCAAACUGUAUUAUGAUUUGUGAAUAUAAACCCAAAACUAGUGUAGGAUACCAUUUCUUCUGACGUUCAGCGUCAAAUGAACGACAGAUUAACAAGGUGCCACUGAAGGCAACAUCGACGUGUGGGAUCUAGCUAGACGCUUUUCUGAGUAGAAAUACAAUCUCCUGUGUGUUGAUAUGUGUGGACACCGUAUUUUAAUUUCAGAAUAACGACGACCGUGUUCUCCCUGGCCAUGUUUUAUGGUCAUAUUCUACGAAUGUGCUUGGUCCCGAGCCGAACGGCGGGCAAACUCGGCCGUUUGCAACUUGUUUGCCAAGUUGAGAGACGUCUUUGUACCGGAAGUGACGAAGUACGACUGGCAGAAGAUGCCAGUAAGAAAUAUGGUCGUCCAGCUGCCACCAUCUUCUCCAAAGUGAUUGACAAAAGCCUCCCUGCAGAUAUCAUAUACGAGGACGACAAGUGUUUGGCUUUUAGGGACAUCAGUCCACAGGCUCCCAUUCAUUUCCUGGUUAUUCCUAAAAUGCACAUUCCCAGGAUAAGUCAAGCCAAAGACAGCGAUACUGAGCUCCUGGGACAUAUACUGGUAGUGGCUAAGAAGGUGGCCAAGUUGGAAGCGCUAACAGAAGGCUAUCGAGUGGUCAUCAAUGACGGAAAACAUGGUGCUCAGUCCGUCUACCACCUUCACCUCCAUGUGUUGGGAGGCAGACAGAUGACAUGGCCGCCAGGAUGAAUAAAUACCGUACUUAAAUACAUACAUUAGUACUAGAUGUUGAUAACAAACAGUGUGAGUAUGUUUCCUAUACUUAUGCCAGCUAAAUAUCAAAAAUAAAAAACCUCACAAAA